UACCGGCAUCAUCGCUUAAGCAUUCUUUUCGUAAUUAUUAUGGAAAAUUUUCUAAAAGAAGUUACUACAAUGCUAUCAAUGGCAACGAUUAUCGUUAUGAUAAACAAUUUAAAUAUCCAAAGCAUUUAUUAGAAGGAUUUUGUGAAAAGAUUGAUGAACUGGAAUGUUUAACAUUAACGGAUUUUAAAUAUCCGAAAUUUUGGAAACGAUUUCAACAAAAAUUUAAGAGAAUUAAAAAUUUGGUGAUUUUAUUUGGAAAGUUUGCUAUUUCUGAAAAUGAAGAAGGUAGUUUGGAAAUAGCAAAUUUAAUUAGAAAUAUUGAAGGUUUAGAAUCAUUAUCAAUUAUAGGCGUGGUAAAUAAAGAUAUAUUAAUAUACGAUAAUGAACCAAGGAUUGAUGGUAUUUUAAGAGCAAUUGAAUAUAAGGCUCAGUUCGUUAAGGAGUUAACAAUUGAAUUUUCUUUGGCUUAUAAUGAAAAUCUAGCAUUUAAAAAACAAUUCAUUCGUAAAUAA